AUGGCGACCAAAGACGCUAUCUCGCCCAACGACGAUGUUGAGGUCGCGACCAACUACUCCAAGACGGGAGACCGGGAUGCUGACCACAAUGGCGAUUUGCUGACGUCGACUGAGGAGCGCGACCUGCGACGUGGUCUCGAGCAGCGACACUUGUCGAUGCUGGGUAUCGCCGGUGCCAUCGGCACGGGACUCUUCCUCGGCCUCGGUGGAGCCAUCCAGACGGGCGGUCCCGUCGGCGCGCUUCUUGGCUAUGCCACCAUCGGUUGUGUUGUGUUUGCCGUGCAAUUCGCCCUCGGAGAGGUAGCAGCCCUUCUGCCGGUCACCGGUGCCUUUGUACGACAUGCCGAGUUCCUCGUCGACCCCGCCUGGGGCUUCGCCAUCGGGUGGAACCUGGUCUACGGCAACCUUUUGUCCAUCCCGGCCGAGAUCACGGCCAUUUGCGUCUUGUUCCAGUUCUGGACCGACGUCAACUCGACCGUUUGGAUCGUCACCUUCAUCCUGCUGACGUUCCUCGUGGGCAUCGCCUUUGUGCGCGUCUUCGGUGAAGUCGAGUUCGUCUUCGCGCUGCUCAAGAUCGCCCUCGUCAUCUUCCUCAUCAUCCUCGGUCUCGUCAUCGACCUCGGCGGCGUGCCUGGCACCGAGCGGAUCGGCUUCCGCUACUGGAAAGAUCCCGGCCCCUUUGUUGAGUACAUCGGCAAGGGCGACUGGGGCAAGUUCCUCGGCUACUGGAGCGUCAUGUCGACGGCCGUCUUCUCCUUUGCCGGCACUGAGUCGAUCGCCAUGGCGGCCGCCGAGACGCGCAACCCGCGCCGCGCCAUCCCGCGCGCCUGCAAGCGCGUCUUCAUCCGCAUCGUCCUCUUCUACCUGCUCGCCGUCCUCGUCGUUGGCAUGCUCGUGCCCAGCAACGACCCGCGCCUCGACGACGCCUACGGCACCGCCGCCCAGAGCCCCUUUGUCAUCGCCGCCUCGGCCGCCGGCAUCAAGGCCAUCCCGAGCGUCGUCAACGCCGUCGUCAUCACCUCGGCCUGGUCGGCCUCGAACCAGAGCCUGCUCUCCGGCACCCGCGUGCUCUACAGUCUCGCCCUCAAGGGCCAGGCCCCCAAGAUCUUCCUGCGCACCACCUCCUGGGGCACGCCCUACGUCUGCGUCCUGCUGUUCACGGCUUUCAUGUUCCUCAGCUUCAUGAGCCUGUCCAACGGCGCCAUGACCGUCUUCUGGUGGUUCGUCGACCUGACCUCAGCCGGUGUCCUCGUGUCCUGGUCCAGCAUCCUGUUCAACCACAUCCGCCUCAAGCUCGCCAUGAAGAGGCAGAACAUCCCCGCCGAGAAGCUCCCCUGGCACAACGCAUGGACCUGUACGCAAACCCCCCUCCCCUCUGUCGCCACGGCGCCCCCAAGAGAUAGAGAGCUGACCAGACCCAACACAGUCUACACGUCGUGCGCAGCGUUCGCCAUGUGCCUCACCAUUCUCUUCACGAGCGGAUUCUCCGUCUUCACCAAGGGAAACUGGGACACGGCCGGCUUCAUCUCCUCGUACUUGGAUAUCCCGCUCGUCACCGGAGCCUACCUCCUCUGGAAGGUGCUCAAGAAGACGCGAUUCGUGUCGCUCGACAGCGUGCCGCUGGAUUCGGCCUUUGAGCAGGUAGAUCAGAACCCAGAGGAGCCCGAGGUUGAGGAAAAGGGCUGGAUCAGGGCUGUCAGCUGGAUCUGGAACUAA